AUGUGCCGUCGGAACAUGUUCUUAAAAAUCCUCGACCCUAUUGUGGCUAGAUUCUCCCUUUUACAUGAAAUUCCGCAUCAUUUCGAGACCAUAUUAUCAGGUGGAUUCACCAUCCAGAAUACGACCUUUAGAAUCAGAAUGUCUAAUAUUUCAAUAGGUAAUGAUCUCAGAGAUUCAUAUACGGAAACUCGGAAAUGGGUCAUUAGCAAUACUAAAUGGUUACAAGAUCUAGCAUCGUUUUAUCGUGAACGGGCAAAGUUGGAGAAAGAGUAUGGCGACAAACUAUCAGCUUUGACAAAGGAUUACUUUUCUAAAAAGAGCAAUGGUACGGUUGUUUUAUCAGUUGGGGAGACACCUACAAUCACUCCGGGCUCGUUGGAGGCAGCUUCGCAGGUGGCUUGGAAUGAGGUUUUGACUCAGACAGAAACUAUCUCUAAGGACCACAAGAAAUUGGCUAAAGAGUUCCAGUUGCAGAUUGCAGACGAGUUUACCAGUUUAGAAAAGCGCUGUGAUCAGAUACUUGGCACUAUUGAUUCGUUUAACCAUGAGCUUGUCAACAAGCGUGACUUUGCGUAUAACAGUUUGGAAAAGGCCAAAAGGAGAUAUGAUGAAUCAUGCCAAGCGAUGGAAGCCGCAAGGUUGAAACAGACAAAGGCUUCUUCCACUAAGGCACAGCGGAAGCUUGAUGAAAGAGAGCAUGAAAUGAAUAUUGCAAAAAAUGACUAUUUGAUCCAGGUAAAUCAAACUAACAGGCUUAAGGAUAAGUACUAUUUCCAGGAUGUUCCUGAGGCGCUGGACUUGCUACAAGAUCUAAAUGAAUCUAGAAUCCGCGUUAUGAACAGUAUUUGGAAAAAGGCGGGUGGAUUUGAGAGAGAAUUGCACAAAAGAGUUGAGCAGAGGCUAGACGGUGCUGAUGAGAUCAUUUCACAAAACUAUCCUCAUUUGGACACCUCGAUGUUCAUCAAGCAUAACUUUCGCGAAUGGAAGGAGCCUGAUGAUUAUCAAUAUAUUCCGUCAUCUGUAUGGCAUGAUGAUGAACACUUUGCUGUUUGCUCUGACGUAGAACUACAUGAUUUGAAGAUUAGAUUAGCAAAGGCUCAAAAUUCUUAUAAUCGAUUACAGUUGGUUGUCCAUGAAGAAAUGUCUUCGUUAUCUCGGUUAAAUAAGAAGAAGCAAGACAUGAAAACUACUAAUGACACCGAUCCAUAUGCAUUUCAAGAAUUGUUGAAACAGUACUUAACUACUGUGGUUUCUUUUACAACCCAUGAAACAUCUAAAUUAGAAGCUGAGGUAGAAAUUGAGAGUAUUCAAAACAAUGUUAGCGAAUCACAUGAUUUGAAUACCGACAAUAUUGACGUCUCAAGAAGAUCUAAGAAACCAGGCAUGUUCGGAAUGUUCAAACGGUCUGCUGCAGUUUCAAAAUGCAAUAGUGGUGCUGAUGAAGCAUCUGAAAUGUCAGUAGAUAUAACAUCGAAAUCAUCACCGAAGCAUCACGGACUCCAUCUAUUCAGAACUAGGCGUACUCGUGCAGUGAGCACCGAAUCUUCAGAAAUUCAGAGUUCCCGUAUGGAUGAUUCAAGUUCGUUGAUGUCAAUCACCAAUGAAGAUAACAAAGUUGGAAAUCGUGUACUAUUUCCCUACACUAAGCAAGAUGCUGAUGAAGUAACAAUUGUUCCGGGCAAUAUUAUAGGCCUGAUACGGCAAGAUGAUGGUUCUGGUUGGAUAAAGAUUCGAAAUAUCACGACAGGGCAUGAAGGCUUCGUUCCUUCAACUUAUGUUGAGAUUAAUGAAGUUCCAACACCAUUUAAGCCAGCACCUAAGGCUCCACCCCCAAGACGGAAUCCAACUUCCUUGAGAACAGUUAUCGCUGUCUAUGAUUAUGCCGCCAAAGAUUUCGACGAGAUUAGCAUUCGAGCAGGUGAUGUAAUCAAAGUAAUUAGAGAUGAUACUGGUAAUGGUUGGACUUAUGGUGAAGUACGUGGCUCUAGAGGGUUGUUCCCAAGUAAUUAUUGUAACUAA